GCGGGCUGUAGAAAAUAUUGGAGCUAGGCUACUUUUACACAUUGAACCAAGUGAACCAAGCUUAGCUAACUUAGUUAAUUAACCUAACUAAAAAUCUGUAUUUGAAUGCACGGGCAUUGUUAAAUAACGCGUUAAAGACGAUGAGGGAUACAAUUAUUUCAGAAGCUAACAGCUUUAUUCGGUUUCUCAAGUCAUGUCAGGAUGACAGCAAGGACUUCUGGACCUAUCAGGACAAUAUAAGAAUAUUAAAGCAAAGCAAUCAGCCUAUCCUCAGCAUAAUUGAAGGAAAUCAGGUUGUCUUUAUUUGCGAGGAAACGCCACCAAAGCAUGAGGAGGAGGUUGCAGUAAACACUGAGGAAAACAGCCUCAAUGAAGAAGUGUCUGUUAAACUGGAGCCGUUUGACAUUGGGCCACUACCUCUCACCAUACAUAGAGCAAGGCAGCUGCUAUCCUGGUACACCAUGUCUCAGAACCCCAACAUGCCCCAGGUGGAAGCUCAUGUACUGCCCCCUCUAUGGGUACGCUGUGAUAUGUCUGACCCGGCUGGCGUUUCCUGGCUGGGGGCAGAAACGGUCUAUGCUGGAAGCAAGGCUACAGCAGUCAAACUGUACACAGUCUGUUGCAAAGGAGCAACAACAGAUGAGUCUUCUUUUAUGACGAUGGAACAGCUUAAACAAGAGCAUCAGAACAGACACAGUUCCUCAGCAGUGGGAACAAAAGGCUGGGCUGAGUACAACCUCUUUUGCUCAGUAAAGGAGGAGAGCCUGGUUAUUGAUUCUCAAAGCAGCGUAACUGCCUUCUUCAGAUGGGUUAAUGUUGACAAGGUCCUGGAGACCCCUCCUCUGUCGUCUACAGUUACUCUGCACAUCAAGGUGACAGUUGGAGAUAUCAGGAGCCCACUGUAUCAAACCUACAGAGAGCUGGAAUUCCUCCUGACACUGGCUGAUGGAUUGAGGACUGGAGAGAUUGAGUGGUUGGAACCACUGGAGACACAGUCUGCUGUGGAAUUAACCAGGAUGCUUAUUGAAGAUCUGGAUAAGGUUGCAAAUGCAGUCCCAGGCCAGAAUUUAAAAGGAUCAGAGAAUCAGAAGGCCAAGACAGACUCAGUACUGGGGUAUGGCACCAUGCUGAUGGAGAGAGGGGACCUGGACUUCACAGAGCAGCUCUGGGAGAGGAUGAGGAAGAGUGUGACCUCAUAUCAAGACAUAACAGAUUCUCUGAAAUUAGUCAUCAAAGCUGUACGGUUUGGUCAGAUUAAACCGUGGGUCCAUAGGGCCAGCAGCAGUUCUCUGAGUAAGCUGAUAGUGCAGUCCUACCAGCAGCAGGUGGACACAGUGCCUCUCACUGGCCUCACCCCUGCCAUCAUGCUUCUGGAGCUGGGCCUGGACAAGAUGAGGAAAGACUACAUCAACUACCUUGUUGGAAAGGAGCUGACCACUCUCAACCAUCUGAGCUACUACCUGAGCAGUGAUGUGGACCUACAGGAGCAGGUUAUAAGACUGAAGAAACUGCACCACCUGCUGGAGAUCCUGGGCACCUGCAGCAGCUUCCUCAACCUGCCUCACGAGCGCCUCUUCUUCUUCACUCAGUCAUGUUUGCAGUACUACAAAGCAGCACCAUACAAUGAAGACCAUGUGUUUGAGAUGCAGUUCAAACCUGCUCUCAUCAGCCACUUCUACCAAACGGAGCAGCCAAUGUCUUGGGGUGUGGAGGUGUCCAGUGGACAGGGCUCACGAGAGGUCAAGACCUCCUUUCAUCUCAGCGAUAAACCUCUGGUGGAUCACAUCACAUUUGACUCAGAUCUGCCACUGGAGGUCACAGUGAGUGCAGAAAAUGAAAAGGCUGCAUAUUUCAGGACUAUGGUUUGCUGCAGCCUGGCCAACUUCACUUAGCAGGUGGAAACUUUAUUUUGUUUGCCCCAUCUAGUUCUAUCCUCUCCUGGAUUCACAGGGCAGUAGAUCUGGUACUCUGGUACUGAGAUACUGACCUGCAGCCAGGAGCUGGUUGCUAGAAGAGCACAUCUCCUUGGCUUUCCUCUUCCAGUUCUCAACCUGCCAAUGACAUUUCAGGACAUGUUAUCUGUACAGCUGAGUGUGUGUGCAGUACAGUUGCACAGUGCAUUAGUUAACUCUGUGGUUAAUUCAAUACUAUAACUUUUGUUACUGUCUAGGUGUGUAACCAAAUGCUCAAAUUGGAUCAGAUUGAUUCACAUUAAUGGCAAAUUUGGGGUAAAAAAAAGUAAACAAAAUUUAUUAAAAACAUAUUCAGUUUUUUCGUAAUCUGAUAGAAGGCAGGAGUGUAGGAAAUGAUGUGCAUGUGCUACAGUGGAUAAUGUAUUGUUUAUUGGUUAGGGAGGGAUAAGCUACCUUAUAAAGAUGUACCUUUUUCAGUAAAGUCUGAACUGUGUUCAGUUCAAUAAUUCAGUAAUACAUUGGUUAAAGGGUAAACAACAUGUCCUAGUCAGCGCACUCUAGUGUAUAUAGUACUUAUUCUUCUCUCUAUGAAUGUCUGUGUAACAAAGCUGCAGUAUUCUUUUACAUUUUUGCUCUCUUUGAGUAAUACUGAUUUGCUAUAUUUGUAAGUGUCUUGACCGUAAUAAACCUUUCUUUAUGUCUAUAAUACCUACA